AUAAUUAUGAUAAAAAUUAUAUAUAGGUUUAGUACAUAAUAAAUUAACUAUUACACUAUUCUUGAACUCAAUGCAACAUGUACCUAAAAACAGAUUAAACAAAACUAUCUGAAAUUAGCUAAAAUCUAUCAUCCAGAUGUUUAUAAGGGAAAUGAUUCAAAUAGGUAUCGAUUUAAAAAUAAUUUCUAGAUUCAAACUUAUUCAGGAAGCUUAUAAUACACUUAAGACUCCAGAAAAAAGAAAAUCAUAUGAUUAAACCAUUUUUAAGGAGAGAGCAUUUGCAAAUCAAGAAAGAUCUUAAAAUGAUGAAUCUGAAGAAAAUACAUAGAAGAAUGAAUAUACAGCUAAACAAACUAAAGAUGGAAUCAAUUUUACAUUUACUAAAAAAGAAUACAAAGAAGCAACUGAAGAUAAGACUGUUCAAGAUGAAUUUAAAAAAUUUAUGUAAGAACCACUUAAAAUUAAUCCAGAAGAAGUUAAAGUUUAUGAAAAUAUUGUUGCUAGAUAAAUGACUAAAGAACAUAAAGCUUAAGAUGAAUUCAUUAUUGCUAAAGAAAAUAAAUGGAAAAUCUUCUUUUUCAAAGCUCAUCAAAUUGGUUAUACUUAACAAGUUAAACAAUAUAUUUAAGGUAUUAAUUAAUAGUGGUAAUUAAAAAAAAAUGAUACUGAAGAAAUGAGGCAAUUAAAAAGAUAAAUGUAAAAACGUAUUUCUAAUGUAAAUCAUUUUAUAUUAUUAAUAUUAGACUAUUUUCUUCAUUUUUAUUGGACUCUCUCUACCUUUCUUUUAUUCUGCUUUUGCAAGAAGGCAAGAAAUUGAAAAAGAUUUUAAAGAAGACUUAGAUUUUCUUUAUAAAGUAGCCGAUCAAAUGGAUUAUUUAGAAAUAUCAAGCAGAUUUGUCUAUUGAGAUCUAUUUUUAAAUUAUAUAA